GUAUAUAAGAGUGAGCUCAGGCAGCUCACACACUAUGGUCCUCCUGUAGGUCUUCUUCUGCAUUGAAGCCUCCUCAUCCAUAAGAUCUUCUGCUCACCUCCUGUUGAAGACAAAAUGAUUGAUUUAAUCAGCUCCUUUGGGAUAUCUGCCACAGAGGUACUUGUUGCCUCUGUGAUCUUCUCAAUCGUCUUCCUGCUAAUCAAGUCCUACAGUAAAAAUGUCCCAAAAGGAACAAAGCCACUGCCAGGCCCAACGCCUUGGCCACUGAUAGGAAAUUUGCUCUCAAUAGGCAAGAAUCCACAUAUUAGCCUCAGCAAGAUGAAUGAGACCUAUGGAGAUGUGUUUCAAAUCCAGAUUGGCACAAAGCCUGUUUUAGUGCUAAAUGGACUGGAAACGCUUCGACAAGCCCUGUUGAAGCAAGGUGAUGUAUUUUCUGCACGUCCAGACCUUUUUACCUUUCGCCUGAUUGGUGAUGGGCAGAGUCUGACAUUCAGUCAGGAUUCUGGUGACGUAUGGAGAGCACGUCGUAAACUGGCACACAAUGCUCUUAAGAACUUUUCCAUCUCUCCCUCCUUGGGAUCUUCUAACACAACUUUAGUAGAAGACCAUAUAUCUAAAGAAGCUGAGUAUCUAGUAAGGACAUUCCAAAAGCUAAUGGAAGAGAAAGGUGAAUUUGACCAUUAUAGGUAUCUGGUUGUUUCUGUAGCUAAUGUCAUCUGCGCAAUGUGCUUCGGAAAACGAUAUGACCAUGAUGACCAAGAGUUUGUGGACAUAGUCAACUUGACUGAUGAGUUUGGGGCAGCUGCUGCAUCGGGAAACCCAGCCGAUUUCAUCCCUAUUCUUCAGUAUCUACCAAGUCGCACCAUGAAGAACUUUAUUGAUAUCAAUAAGAAGUUUACAUCCUUCACACAGAAAAUUGUUCACGAACACUACAGAACAUUGGAUAACAAUGCCAUUCGUGAUAUUACUGACUCCCUUAUUCAGCAUUCUCAAGAGAAGAGAUUAGAUGAGAACUUCAAUGUCCAAUUGUCAGAACAGAAAAUUGUAAACAUUGUAAAUGACCUUUUUGGAGCUGGGUUUGAUACCAUUACAACUGCUUUGUCAUGGAGUCUCAUGUACCUGAUUGCCAACCCAGAAAUACAAGAGAAGAUCCAUAAAGAACUUGAUCAGGUCAUUGGUAGAGAACGAAGGCCAAAGUCAUCAGACAGAGCUCAGCUGCCUUACACAGAAGCCUUCAUCUUAGAGAUGUUCCGUCAUUCAUCCUUUCUUCCCUUCACAAUUCCACACUGCACAAAUUCUGAUACCGUACUCAAUGGUUACUUCAUCCCUAAGGGCAUAUGUGUGCUAAUCAACCAAUGGCAAGUGAAUCAUGACCCGAAACUAUGGAAAGAUCCAUUCAAUUUCUGCCCAGAACGUUUCCUGAAUGAGGAUGGCUCAUCAAUCAACAAAAAUGAGUCUGAGAAAGUCAUGAUCUUUGGUCUGGGCAAGAGAAGAUGCCUUGGUGAAGCCAUUGGAAGAAUGGAGGUGUUCCUAUUCCUCACUAUUAUGCUUCAGCAGAUGCAGUUCUCCAAACAAGAGGGAGAGAAAUUGGACAUGUCAGCAAAAUAUGGACUGACAAUGAAACAUAAGCGGUGUUAUCUUACUGCCAAACUCCGUUUUCCAAUGAUGCCUACUAGUUAGAAAAGUUAGCACUGUCUAACUGGACAUGCUCACAGUUGUGUUCACAUGGAUAUCCUGAACAUUUUCUUUACUUUGACUUAAGUUUGAAGUCAAAUAUUGCAUAAGCACGACGUUUAACAAUUCAUAAACACACAAUGUAGGAGUGAUACAAGAGACAUUGUGGGUAACCGCACAGACUUUUCCUAAUGCAUAGGGUGAGAAUCUUUUAAGAAAAAAAAUCUCAUGCCAAUUGUCCUAUAUGAAGGAAACCAAUAUGUUUGAGCCAGCUAUUUUUGUUAAGCUAUCCGAUGUGCUUAGGUAUUCUUGCUUAGAUUUUAUAUAGUACUUGUCUGUGCUGUAAAAUAUUCCUAAAAAGACCAAGAAAUUAAGAGAAAAAAAAUUAUAUCUAAAUGUAAUCUUUAUAUUUCUACCUGCCACUAGCUAUGUACAGUAACUAGUAAUUAAUGAAUCCUAACCACUACUCACUUUCUGAUAUGUCAUCCAAGCCAAGCAUUGGGCUCCCUUUUACUGCUGGCACAAAGGAAGCACAUGGACAGCACACCGUUAUUUUUUUUUAUUUUUUUUUAUACUAUCUGUUGAGGAAUCCUUUGCAUUUUGCCCCCAGGAAAGGCUAUGAACGUGAAGUUCCAUUAAAGGAAUUAUCUGGGAGUUGGUGAAAUUUGCCUACAAGCAGGGACUAUUAUUAAAGGGUCACUGAGCUUUCAUAAAAGUUUGAGUCAAAAGUUUUGAUUUGUGGGGGUCUGAAUGCCAGAACCCUCCUGGGCACUAGAAGAAGUGCAUAUGGCGCGCUCUCUCCUCACUGCAGGGGAUGGAAUUGAAAUGGACUUUCUAUUAAGUCCAUCUCUCUUCAUCCCCUGCAUUAAGGAGAGAGUGCGAUAUGUGAACGCUUCUCUCUCCUUAUUCUAGUGAUCUGUCAAAAGUUAUGAAAAUUCAGUGACCCUUUAAAUAAACGGAAAACCAGCCCUCACCUGUGAAUUCCCCGCCCCGGUGGUCACUGCCAGUACUGCAUUGAUUAUUGCAUUAACAUGACCCUUGCAGUCAAUCACUGGACUUAAUGCCAAUGCCAACAUGUGAAUGCUGAGGCCAAUGAUUGGCUGCGGUGGUUAUCUCAAUGAUGUAAGCGACAUCAGAACUGGAGCAGUGGGUGAGAAUCUAAUGAGGAGUACUUAUUUUUACGUAAUUCAUUCCCUGCUUGUAGCCAAAUUUAAAAGGUUCUCCUAUAGCUAAGGAUCCUUUAAAAAUUUGCCGUUAUAUAGCAAAUUCUUAUUAACCAUUGUAUAUAAAAAUAAUGCCAAAUCUUGCCACACAUGCUUAAGACAUGAAGUGAACCACGUCUGGACUUGUAUAUUCACAGAUCGAAUGUAGUUCAUGUUAUACUGUGUCUCUGGUAGAAGAACCCAUGCUACAGUUACAAUAGGUAUUAAAUACAAGUUUCACUUUUAGGUGAUGGAUGUCUUAAAAUAUUCAGAAAUAAGCUUUAUGUGAAUGGUAUAUUUUUGUCAUGUUAUAAUGAAAUACUUUGUGAAUAUUUGUAUACUCUUUUGAUCUCUGUGAGAUAAUAAAACAUCAUGGACAAUAA